CGGAGAUCGGAGUGUUGCUGCUCCCAGAAGCGGCUGGAACGCGUCCGCCAGCUCGCUGGGAUCUGACUGUGGAAUCUCCACUGGGAACCGGCUGCACCCGCCGGGAUCGCCCCUCCGCAGCACAAGCGCCGGAUUAUGGCGACAGAGAGUAUACAUGGAGCUUGGAGUUCUAUCUUCCUCACAUGCUAUCUUUGUGAAAGGAACAAUUUGGACCAAGAUGGGCUGGAGGCAAAAUGAUAAGCUUGCAAUUACCCAGCACCUUAUUGUAUCCUCUGGACAUCUUGUUAACAGAGUGAGUGUUGGCAAAGGUAGCGGAGACUGCCCUUGAAUCUCCAUUGGUGGUGCCAUGGCUGGCGGGCAGUGCAGAUUUAGUGAAGGUGACAGCUCAGCCUGUGCAACAUUCAAAUUUUGUACUGAUGUCCUGGAGCUGGAGACAAAAUAGAUGAGAAUGUUUUCAUGGAAUUCAUUGGAAAGUCACUCCAGAGGCCAUUGGGUUUUUGUCUGCAGUUGGAGUCUUUGUUGUCUUAUUGGCAGUUCUGUUCCUCAUCAUCAACAAAAAACUGUGCUUUGAAAAAAUUGGUGGCCUCCCAUGUCUUGAACUGAAGCGAGAAAAGAAGCGGGUCCGAGAAAAGGCUGGAAUCCACAAGGGCCUCGCUCACAACAAAGUAGCUGUUGACACAUUAAAACAUCAGGACCACCGGUGAUCAAGGAGCGUGCAUUUCAGUAACCAUGGCUUCUGAUGAAAUUUUGAAGAAGGAUCCUGCCUUACAGUCUUUUUCUGCUUGGAUGUCUCAGAUGUCUGAAUCAUUCCAACAAGCUGGGAGCUCAAUUUCCAAUGCACUUCUAAAUUUUCGUCAAGGUGCACCUAAUCAAACAUUGGACUCAGGGGUGUCAGGCUCUACAACAAAAGCAGAGCAAGAGGGUCAGGAGUGUCAUUCAGUUCAGGUAACAGAUCCAGUUUUACGUGCUGCUGAUGAUAAAAAAUAUGCAGGCGGAGAUUUACAAGCAGCAACUGUUGAUGAGUUAGAGCCUUUGGAGUACCAUGAUGCUGAGGUAGGAAUGUAUCAUGUUGAUGUCGAGACAAUUCAAAGACAGCCUGGUGCUCACAUUUUGCAAGGUGAAGACCUAGAGCAAGACUCUUCAUGUUUGUGCAAUCGGAUAGAUUCAACUGUUGGAAACGACAAUGUUUAUAGCAAAAUGGAUGCUAAUGGCCAUGAAUCUCCAAAUUAUCUGGCUGCCAUUCCAGAAGAAAUGGAGAACGUGAAUAAUCAGAUUGAAUCUGAUCACAUCUACGUCAAUGUUAAGUGUGAACCAGGUUAUAAGGAGCUUGGAAUUGAUACAGAAUGUGAGGCAGUGAACAGUUAUGGGGAUGAUGAAGAGUUGACAACAUCCACAGACAGCGAUGAGGAAGUGAUCAAACAGUUUGAAUUCUCGGUAUCGAGGUCCCAAAGUUUCCGGACUACAGUGUCAGAGAAGGUGACACAGGCUGGUUUAGAGCGUAGGCAGAAACUUAAUUGUUUAUCUUCGAAUCACGAAGAGUUCAGCACAGAAGCCUCUGAAGUUGAAGACACGGAUAAACAGCAUCAGUUCAGCUUCCAAGAUAAUUGCUCGUACGAAGAAGACGAGUUGUCUAUGAGCUCAGCCAUUGGAUUUGAGGAUGGAGCUGAACAUCAGAAGGUUUCUGAUGAAGCAGCUGGAACUCCAGUCAAUAAUCACAGGAUGCAGCAAACAGAGAAGGGAAAUCCGGAUCAAGAGACCAACUUUGAUAAUCAGGCCUAUGAAGGAAUUGACCAGACGGAUAGUUCCUCAGUCUGGAGUCCAGAGGAGGCAGAUGGCAGGCUUACAGCCCCUCAGCAGCUGGAGCCACCUGGACCUAUUUCAAAAUGUGGAGAUCUCUACGUUAUUUUCAAUUACAAACCCUCCAACCACAAACUGGAUGUUACGAUAAUCACUGCUAAAGACAUUCCGGCUAAGGACAGGAGUGGCGCUAGUUCAUGGCAGGUACACGCAGUCCUUCUCCCUAGCAAGAAACAACGCUCCAAAACCAACAUCCAGCGAGGACCCGAGCCUGUCUUCAAUGAGACCUUACUGUUUCACAAGUUGGUGCCAGAGGAGCUGCAUUAUUCUGCUCUCCGGUUCCGCCUGUAUGCUGUAAGGAAGAUGAACCGGGUGAGAAUGAUGGGGGAGAAGUUGUUUUACCUCAAGAAUUUGAAUCAAGAGGGGGAAAUGGAAGUUUCCUUACUACUGGAGCCAAGGAGCAACAUAAGUAGCGGAGGUUCACAGAUCAGCCUGUCUGCCGUCUCUCACAGUGACAGUGCUUCAUCGACACAAUCUCUUUCACAUGGUGGAGUUCCAGAACUACUCGUUGGAUUAUCUUACAAUGCCACAACAGGAAGGCUUUCUGUUGAAGUGAUCAAAGGUAGUCACUUCCGAAACUUGGCGCUCAACAGGCCGCCUGACACAUAUGCAAAACUCUCCCUCCUUAACUCAGCUGGGCAGGAGAUGUCACGGUGCAAGACAUCCAUUCGACGUGGUCAACCUAACCCAGUCUACAAGGAGACUUUCAUCUUUCAGGUUGCUCUUUUCCAGCUCUCUGAAGUCACAUUGAUGAUCUCAAUUUACAACCGACGCAGUAUGAAGCGCAAGGAAAUGAUAGGUUGGAUUUCCAUGGGUCAGAACAGCAGUGGGGAAGAAGAGCAAAAUCACUGGCUGGAGAUGAAGGAAUGUCAAAGCCAUCAGGUGUGCAGAUGGCACACACUACUGGAAUCUUAAACAUGCUUUGGCUCAAUAAAGGACAGCUUUUGAGACCUCUUAUCUGUGCAACAGACAUCUGUUGUAUUGCAAUGUUCAGACUCUUUGUUAAAACCUUAAGGUAGUCAAAUAGUCCAAGAAUUUACUAUGUAGAGCAGAUUGCUUAUCUAGCAUGAGAAAUUCUUACAGGGAUUUGAAAGCUAUUUCCAAGAGAUAAGUGCCUGUGGAGGAGCUAUGUCACUGUGAUAUAAAAACAAUGACAAAUCAGUAUUUAGGAUGAACAUGUAGUACAAAGGAACUGCUGUUGCUAUAGAUGUAAGUGCAUGUUACAUUAACUCUUUAAUUGGUCAUUAGUUAGUGCCAAGCCAUGCAUGCAAAAAUAAUUGGGUUCUUUAAAUGUUUCCUUCCAGUGAGAGUUGAGCAGUCUAUAAUUUAUUGACAAUUGCAAAUGCUAAAUAACACUGAUUUUGUUAAAAAAAAGUCUCUUAACAAUAAUAAAACAAACAGUACAGAAUGAAGCAUUGGUAAAAUAAAAUAUCUCUCUAGAAAUGUCAGAGUCUAGAAUAUCCCAAGCAGGCAUGAUCAAAACUGGCUGUGAAACGGCUUUGAGUGAUUACAGUGUUUGAGGACAAGAUGAGUAUACAUCAUUACCUGUCACCUGAAGCAGCUUUCUGCAAAUUGUAUGUUAUUUGCUGUUGUCUCUGCCACUAAAUAUUAGAUUAUUACAUUUUUAUGCCUUUUGAUGAUUCAAAUCCCAGAACUGCAUAAACACUGUUGUGCUUGGCAUCAAACUCCAUUUGAAAGUAAAACACAGCCCUUCUGAGGAUGAAUACCAAGAUGAGAUAAAUCCAAAAGAUGAUUCUAUUUUAAGUAUAUUCAACCAGCAACUUAGAAAAUUACUGCCCUACUCUGCAUUUUUCUCCAAGCUGUUUGGAGAGGACAAAUAGCUUUGCAUAAGUAAAGAAUCCUACUGUAGGAAUAUAAUUGAAUUCAUAAAAUAUAGGUGAAUUGACUGUCUGAUUUAACACACGUCUGAUGGGUACAAGCUGCAAAUGAAAUGUCUUGAGAAUGGCUUAACCUUGUGCUAAUAUAUUUUUCAAACAAUUACAAUUGACAGUGGACAAAUAACUUCACAACAGCGCUAUUGCUAAAAGAAUUUGUAUUGUGGAAGCAGACCAUUUGGUCCAUCAGUUUUGUAUCCUGUGUUUUUCUUCAUGUGAUCUGUAGUUCAGUUAAUUUUCUGGCAUUUAACAACCUAUACUUUCAAAUAAUUAUUUAAUUCCUUUGGGAAAAAAAUAAUGAAUUAUGCUUCAAAAUAACCUUUUUUGGAGGAAAAUCCACAGCAGUCACAACAAUCAAUGGUUAAAAUCAAUGUGGAAAUUCACCGCCAUUUACCUUAAAAUUUCUUUUUUUCUUUUUUUCAUCUUCCUCCCUUUCAUUUUACAAGUUUCUUAGUCCCAAACUGAUUUGUGAGAGAGCUCUCUGUUUCCAGCAAAGAAUAAAUAAUUCCUCUUCCGUCAGAUUGCAUUCUCCACUUCAUUACCACAUUUUCACUGCCCCCUUUUCUGCUCUUUUUAGCUUCUCUGUUUUUUCUCUUUUCUGUUUCUCUCAGUAUUUGUGCUCCCUAUGCUGUUCUCAAUGAUCUCAAAUGCUAUUUUAAUGUUCUUGUAAAUAAAAGUUGUUGUGGUGGAUCUGCAAUUCUACUGUUGGUAUGUAGUCUCUCCACAUUGACCAAACCUGGGGUCUGGGU